AUGUCGUUGGCUGCACAGAUAGGUUGCAGUGGCCACUGGCCAAAAGCCAUCGCCACCUUGCAUCAAGCCCAGCUGUCGGCACCCGUGGAAGAGAGGGAUUAUGCAGCAGCCAUCACAUCAUGCAUACGAAGCCUUCAAUGGACCUGGGCUUUGCGACUUUUAGCAGAGGCAGCUUCUACUGGCUUAAAGCUGGGAGAACCUACGUGGAACAAAAUUGUGAGUGCAGCUGGUCGAAAAAAGGCAUGGCAAGCAGCCCUUGCACUAUUUGAGCAAUACCUUGAGAACGGAGCGGCUUGGCAAUUCAACUUGUCAGUUUUCGAUGAUGACAACUUUGAGACGAAGAUGAUGGUGAAAAGGAUGGUCCGUCCCACGAUUAUUGCCUACAGCGCGGCCAUGAGUGCUUGUGACAAGGGUCAGCAGUGGCAGCUGGCGCUCUCGAUGUUGCGCCGUCUCUCAUCCGCUCAAAUGCAGGCUGACCUGAUUUUGCUGAACACAGCCAUUAGUGUUUGCGCCUGGGGCUCUUGGCAGUACUCCUUAUCUCUGCUGUUUGGUUUGGAUAUGUGGAAGCUACAAGCAGAUGAGAUCUCUUUCAACUCUGCUCUUAAUGCUUUGGAGAAGAGUGCGAGCUGGGAGCAUGCGCUGGUGUUGCUAUUCUCCAUGGCCAGACGUGACUUGAUUUCAUACAACACUGCCAUUAGUGCCUGUGGGAAGGGCACUAACUGGCAAGGCGCCCUGUCAUUGAUGAGUCACCUUGAAACUGAGACGUUGCAACCAGAUUUGGUGACCAUGAACUCUGCAAUGAGCGCAUGUGAAAAGGCAGGCCAGUGGGAAGGUGCCUUCCAUUUGCUGGGCUCCCUUCCCACCAGACAGCUAAGUGGAAAUGCCAUCUCACAUACUGCAGCAAUCAGCUCAUGCAAUGAGAUGAGAAAGUGGCAGCUGGCAUUGGAUUACUUCACUAGUCUCCAGAACGAAGACUUGGCACUUGACAUUGUCACCUUCAAUGCUGUCAUCACUACCUGUGCCAAAGCAGUGCAAUGGAAAGAAGCCUUGGCGUUGUUGUUCGGAUCUCCUUCGGCAGCCUGGUCGCUGCAGCCCAACUUGGUGUCUUUCAAUUCUGCCAUCAGCGGCUGCGAAGCUGCUGGGGAAUGGCAAGUGGCGGUGUCACUCCUGGAAUCCAUUGGGUCUUCCCCAUACCAAGCAGACUUGUUGACCUACAACUCGCUCAUUAGUGCCUCAGGCAAAAGCGAGCAAUGGCAGGUGGCUCUCUUUUUGUUCCACCAACUGCCUCGCAAAGGUUUGACACCUGAUGUUGUCACAUUCAGUGCAGCUAUUAGCGCAAUGGAAAAAAUUGCCAAUGGACAACACGCCUUGGCUUUGCUGGCACGUGCCAAACAGGUGUUGGCAGCUGCUGGGUCAUUUGGGUCGGGUCCCAACAUGAUUUUGUACAGUGCUGCAAUCAGUGCCUGUGAAAAGAGCAACCUUUGGAAAGAAGCUUUGUCUCUAUUAUCAGAAGCCAAAAACGAAUCUUUGGCUGGUGUGGUGGCAUACAACUCAGCCAUAAGUGCCUGUGGGAAUGCUUCUCAGUGGGAGACCGCCUUGUUGCUCCUAUACGAUUUGGAUAGUUUGUUGUUGCAGCCAGAUGUGGUCACCUUCAGUGCUGCAAUCAGUGCCUGUGAAAGCAGCCGCCAAUGGGAAGUGGCCUUGAGUUUGUUCACAACACUGCGGGAGUGGCAAAGUCAGCUUGACACAAUCACAUACGGUUCAAUCAUCAGUGCAUGUGAAAAGGGUAAAGCUUGGGAAGAGGCACUUCUAUUGUUUCAGUACAUGCUGGAGGAUCGACUGCAUCCAGACAUCAUUGUUUGCAACUCUUUGAUCAGCUCCUGCUACAUGUCUGCUCGCUGGACAGUGGCCUUGAAUGCGUUGCAGACUCUCCAGGAGUUGGUUCUGCAUGCCAGUGUUAUCACCUACAAUUCUGCCAUUAGCAGCUGUGAACGCAGUGGCCAGUGGCAAGUGGCCCUGCUGUUGUUUCAGAGCCUUCGUCAGAAGCAUCUGGAAGCCACCAACGUGACCUGCAGCGUCAUCACCAGGGCAUGCCAGGCGAGUUUACAAUGGCCGAUGGUUCUGUUUCUGCUUGGUACUUUGUGUCCUGACCUGGGGGCUUACAGCACUGCAGUGGCGGCAGCGGAGUAUGGCCAGCAGCCUCAACAUGCUGCAGAGCUGUUGUCACAGAUUGAAAGAUUGGGCCUGGCUGCGCAUUCGCAGCAAAAGGUGUCAUGCACGACUGAAGCAGAUGUAGAGGUGAGUUCUUCAUAA